GAAGAAGGAAGGGGGCGAGCGGCGGGAGCUGGCGCCGAAAUGCGAGAAAGCAGCGAGUGAGAGGGGAGGGGGCGCCGGGCGAGACCGCGGAGCCCAGUGGCCCCCAACCCGGCGCCCGCUGCAGGCGCGCAUGGCGGGCGGGGCGUGCUGAUCCCGGCUGGGCAAGAGUAGCGUACCAGUCCCGGGCCAAUGUCCCAGGUGAACGGCCAGCACCCUUCUCGCUGCGACGCGCCCCAUGGAGCCCCCAACGCAGCCCCGGAUCCAGCUCAGACCCUGUCCCUCCUGCCUGGGCUGGAGGUAGUAGCAGGACCUGCUCAUCCUGUGGAGGCAACGGCAGAGGAGGGCUCGCUGGAGGAGGCGGCACCUCCCAUGCCCCAAGGCAAUAGCCCUGGGGCUCCCCAGGUCCUGGACAGCACUGACCUCGAUGUACCCACAGAAGCUGUGACGUGCCAGCCUCAGGGGAACCCCUUGGGCUGCACCCCUCUAUUGUCGAAUGGCUCCGGCCACCCCUCAGAACUGGGCAAUGCCAAGCGUGCUGGGAAUGGUGCUCUGGGUGGCCCCAAGGCUCACCGGAAGUUGCAGACGCACCCAUCUCUGGCCAGCCAGGGCAGCAAGAAGAGCAAGGGCAGCACUAAAUCAUCCACCUCCCAGAUCCCCCUCCAGGCGCAGGAAGACUGCUGUGUCCACUGCGUCCUGUCCUGCCUGUUCUGUGAGUUCCUGACGCUGUGCAACAUCGUCCUGGACUGCGCCACCUGCGGCUCCUGCAGCUCCGAGGACUCGUGCCUCUGCUGCUGCUGCUGUGGCUCCGGCGAGUGUGCAGACUGCGACCUGCCCUGCGACCUGGACUGUGGCAUCCUGGACGCCUGCUGUGAGUCGGCUGACUGCCUGGAGAUCUGCAUGGAGUGCUGCGGGCUCUGCUUCUCCUCCUGACCCGCCUUCUCCAGGGCCUCCAUAGCCCCUCCUCUCCCAGGCGCCAGCCCCAGCAGGAGACGGGCGGGUGCUCCCUGGGACCCCCUCAGCCAGGGAGCUGGGCCCACCACAGACAAGCCUGCCCUCCUUGCUUGCUACCAGGGCCCACAGUACCAAGGACCUGGUGGGAGGGGACGAGGGUGGGGGCCAUUCUGGGACCAGCCUCCAGGGCUGCGGAACACUGUGAAAGUUAGAGGAGGGGGCAGGGGUGGGGGAGGGCGUGUGCCUCUCUACCUCUCUCGUCCUGGUGCCCACCUCUCCUGCCACCCCAGGCCUGGAGGACAGCAAAAUGUGAAAAGAGACACCUGCCCCGCCCCAGCCAAGCCCCUCCCCGGAUCCUCUCCUGGGCUUUGUCAGGGCCUCGCUCAUGAAGUGACCCAAGAAGGCAGGCCUGGGCCUGGGGUCAGACGUGGGGGGGCAGUACAGAAAAGACUGGAAGGGGAGCGGGAGGGUCUGUUCUGUUCGUUGCUGUAAAUACAGAUAUUCGUCCGCUCUG